GUAGCAGCUCAUUGCGUAGAGGCGCUGUGCAUUGAGAAAAACAAGCUGCAGCACUUUACAGCCUCCACCGGAUAAAGCUCUGAAUUCAGGACAAAGCGAAUCCCUCUGAUAUAUUUUUUUAAAAACAUCAAAAACAAGUGGAAAUUUUUGUUUUUCCUGUACAAUUUCUUCCUAUUUAGCAAUAAUUAUAAUAAUAACCUGUGGGAUUAUUCCUCUACGAGUUGGAGGUAGUGAGUUUUAUUUUUUAUUUUGCACUAUUUAUUGUUUUGGCUGAGGCUCAAGUGAUUAAAUUAGAAAUUUAAAAAAGUGACAGAGGCUGCAGUAAAGUGGGGGUAGAGGUGGGGUUGGGGGGAUCUGUCGAAGAAAUCAAGUCAAUAGAAACUGAAGUGGAAGCAGGCGUUUAGCCGUGGUGACGUCGCUGCUCCACAUUGAACCAGUAGUAGAGAGUCAGUGGAGAUAGAUAGAGGAGCGCCGGAGUAAAGUACACACCGACAUGAACUUCUCCCUCUAAAACUUCAGCCUUGUUGCUCUAAAAGCCGAAAGAGGACCAGCUUUUUUUUUCUUAUAUCUUUGUUUUUUUUUUUUAUUCGCCUCUUUAUUUUUGAACGGGGAGCUCAGAGGAGAGGCACAUUUUUGGGGGUUUAUUUCUGUUUUUUUUUUUUCCUUCUGGGAGUGCGUCGACGACGAGAGCCAUGUCGUCCGCGGCGGUCGCUGCUUCUUCCAGGAGGCAGUCGUGUUAUUUAUGCGACCUGCCCCGCAUGCCUUGGGCCAUGAUCUGGGAUUUUACCGAGCCCGUCUGCAGGGGAUGCGUCAACUACGAGGGAGCCGACCGCAUCGAGUUUGUCAUCGAGACGGCCCGCCAGCUGAAGCGGGCUCACGGCUUCCAGGAGGGGAGGUCUUCCGGGCCGGGCAAGGCGCAGCUCUCCGGGAAGGAGAUCCAGGCGAUCAACCACCCAUCAGCGGGGGACACCGGUUCGCGGCCGCCGCAGCCCCUGGACCGCUACCCGCUGUCCUCCGACCGCCCGCCCAGGCUGGGGCCAGAGUACCAGUCUGGCCGGCAGGCGAACGGCAUUCCGGUCCCUAACGGAUUUCCCAAGCCCGACGAGCCGCCGGAGCUGAACCGCCAGAGCCCCAACCCGCGCAGGAAUAACGCGGUUCCGCCGAACCUAGUGCCUUUGGUGAACGGCAUGACCCCGGUGCACCCAGUCAACGGCAGACCGGGACAGAUGGGGCUCACCUCCGCGCUGGCGGGCGGUAAUCCCGCCGAUCUGGGCAAGAGACCCGCGUCGGUGUCCAGCACCGAGCACGACAGAGAGGGGAAGGAGAAACACAGACCGGACAGCCUAACGCAGGAGAUCUCCGAGAGCCACAAGAGCCGAGAGCAGGACUGGGGCAAGGGGAAGACUGUGAGGGACCUGAUGGCUCUGCACACCUUCGACAGCAGGUUCAAGAAGGAACAUGUGGCCAUGGCACCAAGAAUGAACUACGAGCCCUGCACCCCCCCAUCCAAGUCAGACAGAGGAAAGCACCCCCGCUUGAAGAGAAAAGCAUCGCCAGAACCGGACGGAGAGAGCACAGCCCCCAAGCUCAAUGGGGAUGGACAGCAGUGGUUACCGCCGCCCGCCGAGGGACCCAAAAUGCCUCCAGUUCCCCCACCAGGCUUCACAUCUCCCCCCUCCACGAUAUCCCCGCACCCCCGUACCACCCCACCUGAGGCCCAGAACGGCCAGUCCCCCAUGGCGGCGCUCAUCAUGGCGGCAGACAACGCGGGUGGGAACAGCUCCCCCAAGGACGGUAACCAGGUCCACUCCACCACCCGGAGGAACAGCAGCAGCCCGCUGUCGCCGUCCUCCAUGAACCAGAGGAGGCUGACGCAGAGAGAGGCGUCCGGUGCGGGCACCCCACAGGUGGGCAUGGACCAGGUGCACCCCCAAAGCAUUCCAGACUCCUCGGUACCGGGCAGCAUACCGCUGUGCUGCACGCUGUGCCACGAGCGUUUGGAGGACACACACUUUGUUCAGUGCCCGUCCGUGCCCUCUCACAAGUUCUGCUUCCCGUGCUCGAGGGAAAGCAUUAAGCAGCAAGGUGCCACGGGUGAAGUGUACUGUCCAAGCGGAGAGAAAUGUCCCCUGGUUGGCUCCAACGUACCAUGGGCUUUCAUGCAGGGGGAAAUCGCCACCAUCCUUGCAGGAGAUGUCAAAGUAAAAAAGGAGAGGGACCCUUGAUUUUGUCUGAACACUUCUUCUGGGGAGGGGAGGCAAAAAUCUGAGUAUAAAUAUAUAAAUAUCACAUACAUACCAUUCAAAACAAACUAACGGACUUGUACAUAUUGGACCCAAGGGAAGAGUAUACUUCGUAAACAUGGUUGUAUAAUUUUUGAUUUUUGAAUACAUUGUGUUUCUAUAUUUUUGAAGAUAAAGGUAUGUACUCAUCAUAAUGAACUACGUUCCUCUUUGUUGAUGUUUAACAAAAAUUCUUGAUGUACUUCUAGGUCUGGUGGCAGUUCCUGUUUAACGUAGAAUGUGACUAAUGCUACUCUACGAGCACUUGGCAAAACUAAAAUGCUUUUAGCUGUACUUGUAUGCACUUGUUUAAAAAAAUUGCCAAAUACAAUUUCUCAUCUUGUAUGAA